UGGGAGGUUGGUCCUGGUCCCAAGCCCCGCCCCCAAGGGGGGGGUCUCACCUUUCUUAAGCCCGCCCCUAACCGCCCCUGCCCCGCCCUUAGCCACGCCCCCUGGUGCGUCAGUGACCCCCCGCAAGGCCUUCUCGGCUUACUACUGGUUGGAAGCUCAUCUUAGGCGUCUGGAAUCCCCAGACUGGGACUCGACCACGUUCCCUCUGAAGGAAAGCUGAAAGUCUCGGCGGCUACCGGAGGCCGCCCUCUCCCUGCCCGCACCCCACUACCCUCGCCUCCUGAGGCGCUUCCAGGAGGAAUCACGGAGUUCCUUUACCAGAAGUGGCACUGUGUGUCGGCGGGAUCAUGGCGACUCUUUCGGACUUGCCAGACUUGGUUCUGUUAGACAUCUUUUCUUAUCUCCCCGUUCGGGACCGGAUUCGCCUCUCCAGGGUCUGUCGCCGUUGGAAGAGGCUGGUGAACGACGGGUGGCUGUGGCGACACAUUGACCUGUCAGUCUACAAGGUGCGGCCUAAAGUCAUAUGGCACCUCCUUCACCGGUACAUGACACCCCGCCUCCAUUCUCUGCGCCUGGGUGGCUACCUGCUCUCAGACUCCCAGGCUACCCAGUUGUCCCCAGCCCUGAUGAAUGCUCUGGGCCAGAAGUGCCCCAACCUGAAGCAUCUCUGCCUGCAUGUGGCCAACCUGAGCAUGGUGCCAGUCACCAGUUUACCUUGCACCCUGAGGACCCUGGAGCUGCACAGUUGUGAGAUUUCCAUGGGCUGGCUCCUUGAGAGGCAGGACCCCACCGUGCUGCCUCUACUUGAGUGCAUGGUGCUGUCUCGCGUUCCUGCCUUUCGGGAUGAGCAUCUGCAGGGCCUGACUCGCUUUCGCGCCCUGCGCUCACUGGUGCUGGGCGGCACCUACCGGGUGACUGAGACAGGAUUGGAUGCAAGCCUGCAGGAGCUGAGCUACCUGCAAAGGUUGGAGGUUCUGGGUUGCACCCCCUCAGCUGACAGCACCCUCCUGGCCAUCAGCCGCCACCUCCGAGAUGUUCGGAAGAUCCGGGUGACCAUCAGAGGCCUCUCUGCCCCUGGUCUGUCAGUUCUGGAGGGAAUGCCAGCCCUGGAGAGUCUGUGCCUGCAGGGCCUGCACAUCACCCCGGAAAUGCCUUCCCCAGCAGAAAUAAUCUCCUCCUGCCUCACUAUGCCCAAGCUUAGGGUCCUGGAGCUGCAGGGGCUGGAGUGGGAGGGUCAGGAGGCAGUGAGGAUCCUACGUAAGGGCCUGCCCCACUGUCUGGUCAUUGUCAGGGCCUGCCCCAAUGAGUCUAUGGACUGGUGGAUAUGACUCACCACCUGACCCUGAGGUGUAACAGUUUUUAUCAAUGAGACCCAAGCCCUUUAGGCAGCAUCUUGCAGCUGGUAGGUAAUUUGAUUAGAGGGCCUGAAGGCCAAAGGUAGAGAGAGGUCAAUGGUCUUGGCACCGUCAGACCAUUGGAAUUGUUUGCCACCUGUGUGGCCUCUGUGACAUCAGCUGGCCUGCCCCCCACAUUUGGAAAUGGGGAAGACCAUAGCUACCUCUUGGUUAUAUUGCAAAGCCUUACACAUUCCUGGGUCCGAAAAGGUCCUCAGUGAAGGGUCAUUGUCAGGCAGCCCUCAGGAACAGGAGGGAUGCAGAAGGGUGUGGUUAGGAGUUAGGGGGACCUGAAGGGAUAGGGGCCCUUAGGAAGCCUGGAAGGACUGAGUACAUGUGCAACCAUAUACCUACACACCGAUUAUACCUACAUGCAUGGAUUAAAGUGUUAAUGAAUUUUA